AUGUUUGUGUUGGUGGCCGUAAAUAUAAAACAUUGCACACUUGCACUUCAAAAGACUUUCAAGUUUGUUUUUGUUUUUUUCCCAAAUAUUUUUCUUCAGUUGAAUCACUUCGAUUUUGUGCACAAAUAUUUCACAAAAAUAAUCAAUUGCACAAAAAGUCUGGAAUCAGUGGGAGAGAAGCAGAAAAAAACAAUCGCUUGCAUGAAUAUCUAACAUUGGGAAAAAAAAAAUAUCGGCGAGAUGGAUUUGGAGUCACCGCAUAUUGUCAUACUGCAAGAUUUGCGAUUGCAAACAUUCGAUGGCAUUCGUUUCGCAUCAUAUCGCACAGCUUCUAAAUUGCGUUACAUUCAAAAAUCAACAAAUUUGCAUCUCGUUGAUAUUUGGAAUGUAAUUGAAGCUUUUCGUGAGAAUGGAUUGAAUACGAUGGAACCACAAAGUGAAGUGAGUGUGGCAAGACUGGAAACGUUAGUAUCGUCGCUGUAUCAUAAUUUGAAUAAGCGAUUGACAACCGUACAACAAGUUCCUGUUGAUUCCAAAGCAAGUCUUCUCUUGAACUGGCUCAUAGCCGCUUAUUCACAUGACAAUUCCGGUAAAAUGCGUGUGUUUUCCAUAAAAGUUGCAUUGGCCAUUAUGUGUGCGGGCAAAUUAGUCGAUAAGCUUCGAUAUAUAUUUUCACAAAUAUCCGAUGGCGCUGGUCAACUGGUACACAAUAAACUAGGAGAUUUUCUACGAGAAAUUCUAGCUAUACCAGCCGCUGUCUACGAAUCACCUUCAUUCAAUUAUAAAGACAGUUUGGAGUGUGAAAUUUUUUCACCAGACGCUAGAGUAUCGGUGAACGAUUUCAUAAGUGCACUAAUAUCUGAACCAGGACCCCCAUGUUUAGUUUGGUUACCAUUGUUACAACGCUUUUCAACGGUCGAAUCGAUUGUGCAUCCAACCAUUUGUUCGGCGUGUCAUCGUGAAAACUUUAUUGGUUUUCGAUAUCGAUGCCAACGGUGUAAUAACUACCAAUUGUGUCAGGAUUGUUUUUGGCAUGGUCGAGUCUCACUUGGUCAUCAAAAUGACCAUGAAGUAAAAGAGUACACAAAUUAUAAAUCGCCAAGCAAACAAAUUGGCUACACAUUGCGCAAGAGUUUCCGUUGUGUACCAGAGAAACCAACGCAAGCGAUACCAAGAUUUCCGGAAAAACCGGAGAAAACAUUGAAUUUGUCACAUAUAGUGCCACCAUCUCCAUUGCCAUCGCAUAAUGGAUUUUCAUUGGAUGGAUCUGGUGGCAUGCUCAUUCCGCCAUUUGAUCGAGGUAGCACAUUGGAUUCGCGCGGCACUUAUGGCCGAUCAUUGGAUAGCUCAGGACCAGGUAGCGGUGGAGUUUUGCAUCAUUAUAAUGUUGGUGGUAGUUCAUCACUUCCACGAUCGAGUACAUCAAAUGAUGAAGAGCAUCGAUUAAUUGCACGGUAUGCAGCUCGAUUGGCACAAGAGAGCCGAACACCGAAUGCAACCAAUGCAAAUAUUACGAUGAAUCCAUUGAAAAAUGAUAAAAACUCACUUGGCGCCGAUUCGUCACGUGCACAACGCGAAUUAAUUGCUCAAUUGGAGGCUAAAAAUAAAGAAAUUAUGCGUGAAAUUCAACGGCUGCGACGUCAACAAGAUGCCGAACAAUUAACACAAGAAAGUCCAGCUUUAAUGACAGAACUACGAGCACUGCGACAACGCAAGGGAGAGCUUGAAGGACAUUUAGGCCAAUUGCAAGAUUCAAGGCGACAACUGAUGGGACAAUUGGAGAGUUUGAUGAAAAUGUUGAAAAAUCAACAAACAUCAUCGAGUCCACGUUCGACGCCUAAUAGCAGUCCAAGAUCCGGCAAAAGUCCACCAAUUCCGCCAGCACAACAACAUUCAAACCAGAAACAGUCCGACACACAAAGCAAUUCAACAAUAAAUCAUCAAUUGUCACAGCCACAAGGCACGGUUUAAGUUAAUUGAAUGAAGAGCCUAAAUCGAAUAGCCGCCGCUGCGUUUUUAAUGAAUUAAUUCUGAACAUUUUUUUCUGAACUAAAACAUUUUCGAUACAUGCUAACAAAUUUACUACGGUUCUACAAUGUAGUAAAAUAAUCCAAAACAUACACACUCUAACACUUCCCAUCACCAAGUCGAUUGACACACAAAACAAAAGCACACAAAUUAUUCCCGAAUGUAAAUAAGUCGCAUUUUUGUUUUUUGCUUCUAGACAUACCAAGAGAUUUGUUUAGUACCGAAUUGACAAAAUGGAAACCAUAUUAAAUAUUAAUGCAUCACGUUUCCAAUUGAAACAUACAAACGUGACGAUAUUAGAAAAACAUCACAAAUAA